AUGAAAGGUAACAUUCGGUUUAUCGAUCCGUCGAGCUCUAAUAAAAGUCAUGAUACGAUGAAUAGUGGCAGAUCCACUUCCGUAACUCCGAGAUGGGGACACACCGCCACACUGGUGAACAACACUAUCUACUUUAUCGGUGGUAAAUCGAACAUCGAUCUGUAUGUCACAGACUUCCUCGCGCUUAGCGUAUCCACUAGUUUUUCCAUUUCCUCCCCUCCAUGGAUACCGCUCAAUAACACCCAAGUUCCAUUUCUGGUCGGUCACACGGCCACACCUGGUGACGUGAAUAAUUCGAAAAUUCUUAUAUUUGGUGGAAGCUUGACUGAUCCGGGUCUUAAUUUUUCCUCCAUAAUCGAUUUCAUACCAAAGUUUUAUGUUUACGAUCCUCCUAAUGAUAGCUGGCUUGUUCCUAAUUUAUCAAUAUUUUCUAAUGGACCGUCGAGAAGGUAUCAACAUUCGGCCGUCACCUUGGGUGUGCAAACCGAUUCCAAGUGGGUGGUAGGCAACGUCACCGACGAUGAUAGUGAAAAUGGACAAAUGAUAAUAUAUGGCGGAUACGUGGACGACACCACAGGAUCUCCAACCGCUAAUAUAUUGGAAGACUUUUGGGGAAUGAACAGUGUUAAUAUGGAUACCUGGGUGGGCUAUCCGGUAUUAGAAAGUUCUCCCGGACGUUUGUGCCAACAUACUGCCAGUGUAAUCAAUAAAACCAAGAUGGUGGUGUUGGGUGGUGUCAGAGAGGACGGUUUGAUGAGUAUGGCCACUGUGUAUGUGUAUGAUUUUGUUAAGUUGACCUGGUCGAACUACACGGUCACCGGUCAAGUGCCAGCACCCAGGCGAGAUCAUUCUGCUGUUGUCUCGGGACCGCGUAUAAUAAUUUAUGGCGGCGCGGAUCUUAACGGUACAACCAUUUACAAUGAUGCAGCCGAACUUGAUACCACCACCUGGAAGUGGUCGGCACAACCAACCAUUAAUACGCCGCCCGGUAGAUUUCAACACACGGCCACUUUGAUAGGAGCGAACAUGAUUGUUGGGUUUGGAAAAACUAAUGUCGACUUUAGUACGGCUGACAAUAACAUAUACAUCCUCAACGUCAUAAAUUGGACUUGGGUAGAUACCUACGUUCCAACCGUUCUCGUCAACUACACUCAUCCAGAAUUACCACCACACACUGUUUCCCCGGGAUCAUUGUCCCGUGGGGAAUUAAUUGGCAUCGUCGUUAGUGGUUCGAUUCUCAUUUUAAACGGCUCCUUACCACCGUCGCAGUCAUCGCCGAAUAGAGAUGGCGAUCUGGAGAACGGGAGUGACGAUGGAAGUAUUGAAGACGGACGAGGUGUUCGUGGUAGAAAUGAUGGAGUGGUGGCAAGGCGCGGUAAUUCUUUGGGCAAGUCGGUUAGGCGAGAUAAAACGUCGCACCUCGGUGGCGACGAGAAUGAUGACGAGGAAAUAAACAUUGUAUAUCGGGAAGAUAUAACGUCCGCCUCCAGCGAUUCUCCUUCAUCGUCCUCUCCUGCGAAAUUUCUGCGACCAUCAGAUAAUAAUGACAACCUAGUAACGAUAACGAGUAGCGAUGAUAAUUUGCUGACAAACAAUGUCCUACUGAACACAACAAAGCCCAUUGCAUCGCAUAGACGAUCGAGUUCCGACAGUGAAACCUUGACACCGGCGAGUGGUGUGGGAACUGUGAGGAGGAGGAGCGUGAAAUUCAACGAGACGCCCAUAACCAUCGAUCCCAUAAAAUACGACAGUGUGGAGAGUUUGGUGAUAUCUGCUGCUGACAGCGGUGAUAACGAUAAUAGUAUUGCUGUCGAGGACGAGGAUCGAGGUGGUCCAAGCAAUUCGCGAAAAUUCGGUCUAAUGAACUUUGGUGGCAAGGGUAGUGAUGGUGAGGGAAAGAGACUUAAUUUUCCCGGUUUGAAGAGGAGCAGUUUGAGUCUUAUAUUUAGGAGAAACAGUGGUGAUUCGGGUAAAGGCGAAGGCAAGGUUGUGAGAAGGAAUAGUGCAAGUGGUUCGGUGAGAAGUAAUCCGGAGGAGGGAGGCAGUAGGAGUAGAGAUAGUAAUAGACAUUUGACAGUGGAUGAGAAUCCAGAUUCUAGGUCUAGUUUUGAUAGUGUGGACAUCAGAAAUAUCGGUGUAGGAUUGGACAUACAACGAGCCAGUGUUGGCGGUGAUUCGAUAAUCGUGACGAGAAAUAGACUGAGAGCCGUUAACCCGGACGAAAGAGAGGACAGUAAUUCUGAGACUACCGAAGAAGAGCACGAGGAGUGA